AUGGAAUAUCAUGAAUACAAAGUUGAUUUUGAACAAAGUAAUAUGACACAAUUCUAUACAAAAUAUAAAAUUAUUAAAUAUACAUUAAUAUUCAGUGAAUAUGUUUAUUUUCCUUUACAUGGGUAUAUUUUACACUUGAGAAGUAUGUUAAGUCCAUGGUGGAAAAAAGAACGUUAUCAUUUACGUGAACGAACAUUAUUUAUAUUUUGUUUACGUUCAGCUUAUUUUUUUGGUUUAUACUUGUUUAGUAAUAUGUUAUGUUUAUAUUGCUAUUUAAUUUCAUAUUCAGUCAUGGUUCAAGUAUUGAGAUUUACUGAUUGUUUUACUCAUGAUUAUGAUACAGUGCCAUUGGACUCCCUACAGCCACGUCGAUGUAAAGUCUACGAUAUGAAACGCACAUUUUCAAUUUCAUUUCGUUCUAUGAAUCCAAAUAUCAUUUCGAUACCAAAAUCUAUUGGUCAUUUUCUCUCUGUACUUAUUUUUCUUAAUUUAAUCAUCAUAAUCAACAUCACUAUGAUACAAGUCGAUCAUGGGAUAGAUUAGGAUACAAUUUUGUAAUGAAAAAACAUCAUUUACAAGAAGUAUACAAAGAAUGAUAAAAUUGAUCAAAUGCUGUGUGGUAUUCAUUAUUCCAAAUUCACCAUACCAUUUUCAUUAUAUCUUUCAACAUUUCACCACCAUCGUGUUACACGUUUGUUCCAGUCACCUGGCAAGCCAAUAUGGGAUGAAAUCAAUUUAAAAUGGAAUAUGGAGCAGUGUAGUGGCACAAUCGAUGCACCAUUUCUAAUACUAGCAGUAUGAGAAUGAAUGAACUACACAUUGAUGUUCCAUCGUGUUUUCAGAAAAGUACUUAUGCUUUUAAUAAUUACUGUUUGGAUGGGUUCUCCCCGCUCCGCCGGUGACAUAGGAUAGAAAGUAGUAUGAGAGUAUAGCUGAUACUGAACUUCCCAUAUCUUUCAAAACUCGGAGUAUAAAUUUAUAUUAAAUAAAUAAGUGCUAAACAAGCAGUGUAUCAAACGAUCCUAUCAGAAUUCCGCAAAAUAUUUUCAGAAUUUGGCGAAUCAAAGCAGAAUUUUGUGCAGCACAGUAGAAUUAUGCAAGAAUAUUCUCAGAAUACUCCCAGAUUUUUGAGAAUUUUGCUCGCUCGGUCGGACGGACAUUUCGUUUGUAUGACCCAAGGCCUCCAGGCAAGCGAAUAAAGCAUAUCAGUCCGUCCGUCCCUACAAAUUACAACGUGCCAAGUUGGUAUCAGCCGAAAAAAAUGUGUGAAAUUUACUUUUUUGACAUUUUUUUGUUUCUGACUCGCUCAUCUGAGAUGUCUCCCUGCCGAGAAAAGUAGUAGUGACGUGUUUUCCCUCCUCGAGUAUGAAUAUGUCGCUAAUUUACGCUAAUUUAGGAGCCGCUAUUGUACUGCGAGCUGUCGGUCGAUCAAACGAACAUUUCGUUUGUAUGACCGAAGACUUUCAGUCGAGGGAAUAAAGCAUACCAGUUCGUCCGUCCUUGUAAAUUACAAUGUACGAUGUUGGUGAUAAAAUAUGUGGCAUUUAAUUUCUGACAUUUUUGGCUCAGGAGCCAAAUUUCUCAGCUGCGUGCUUCUUGGUGAGAAAUGCUAAUUAUCAAAAUUUAGCAUUUUUCUCGCUACUUAGCGAAAUUCGUGCCAGCAGAUAAAAUGUGGACAAUUUAAUUUAUGACAUUUUUUAUUUUGGACUGGCCCAUCUAGGAUGCUUCCCUGUCGAGAAAAGUAAUAAUGACGUGUUUUCGCUCCUCGAAUCUAAAUAUGUCGCUAAUUUACGCUAAUUUUAAAGUAGGUGUCCCUACUCUAAUGAGGGUGAACUAGUUGCGAUUUUUCAAUGGAAGAAGACCCAGACGAUAGAUCUAAAUCUUGUUUAUCUGCUUUAUUGUAUCACAAUGUUAGAAAGAUUAAUUUCAACCAUAUGGUUAAAGAAAAAUACUUCUAACUUUAGGCUACUUCUUUCAAAUAGUGCUUAGGAUACUACCACCGAUGCUCAUCCACAUAAAGUAAACUAAUCGUAGAGAAUACCACUCAACACCAAUCAGUCAGUCAGUGAUCUGAAAUACUCAAAAAUUAGCAACAAAUACUGUGGAAAAACAUUCUGAAACUAAUCGAUAUAAUAACUAUAAGAAAAAGCCAUCAAAAAUAUUAUUAUAAAUAAAUAACACGAAGACAAAAAAUAUGAGUAUGUUUGUCUUAAUUACAAAUAAAUUAUUGGAUUUCAACGAACAAAAAAAAAUACACUGGAAAUAUCAGACAGAGUUCUUGAUUAAUGAGGGUGAACUGGUUGCGAUUUCUCAAUGGAUGAAGACCCAGACGAUAGAUCUAAAUCUUUGUUUUCAACUUGUUGUUGGUAUUGAUCAUGGUCCUAAAAAUAAACAAACAAAAAAUAAUGUUAGUCAUUCCUUCAAGAAACGUUUAACUGUUGAAAAAUAAACUGAAACGAAAGACCUUUGAAUGAAUGAAAGUUCCUAGAACCAUAUAAACGUGUAACACGAUGGUGGUGAAAUGUUGAAAGAUAUAAUGAAAAUGGUAUGGUGAAUUUGGUGAUGUUAUACAACUAAACAUGAAGAGAAUAAUGUUGAAUCCAUACCAAUAUUUGUUCAGUACGUAUGGCCAAGAAAAAAUCCAUCCGUUCAGAAACUAAGUCUCAAGCCUCAUGGAAAUGCUAGCAAAAUAGCGAGACCGUUUACUUCGACUGUCCCAACAGUUUUGUCGUCAUUACGGGUUAGUAAUAUUUUGUUUUAAUUGCUGACAAUUUUCAUCAAUGUCAUCACCAUGAUUUUCCUUUCUUCACCGCUAGAAACAAGCAGGAAAAAACCCAGCAGCUAUUUAUAAAACUUCUACUGAAAAUAUUGAAUCAGUAUCAUCACCGUUGGUUAACUCCGUUAGAGAUCGUACUCAAAUUUACAAUGUACGUCGGCCGAAUAUUUCGAAUGUACAAGAGUAUAUUUCUGUCAUGAAACGUCUAGAAAAUCGGGAGGGUGUAAUAGCUCACUUUUCAAUGGAACGUGGUGAAGCUCCAGUCUUAAUAUUAUCAUACGAUCAUCAGAUGAAAGAGAUGAAACGUAAUUGCAACAAACUAAAUCGACCUCCGU